UCCCCGCGGCUGGGGGACGCUCUGUUGAGGCGUCUCUCUCACCCUCCCAGCGUGACCCGCGCUUCCGCUUGUCGGCUCCUUCCGGUCGCAGCCCGGUAGAGGACGGUCGGCAGGAUGUUGGCUUCGAGGGUCUUCAGCCUCAUUGGGAAGAGAACCAUUUCCACCUCCAUCUGCUUGAGAGCGCACGGACAUGCUGGUGUUGUCAAAGCCGAAGAUUUCAGCCUCCCAGCCUAUGUGGACCGGAGGGACAUCCCCUUGCCUGAAGUCGCCUUCGUCAGGGAUCUCUCUGCUCAGCAGAAGGCGCUGAAAGAAAAGGAAAAAGCCUCUUGGACCGCUCUGUCCGUCGAUGAGAAGGUUGAACUGUAUCGUAUCAAAUUUAAUGAGACCUAUGCAGAAAUGAACAAAGGUUCAAACGAGUGGAAGACGGUCCUGGGCGGAGUUCUGUUCUUCCUCGGCGUAACUGGGCUCAUCCUCAUUUGGCAGAAACAUUACAUGUAUGGCCCCAUCCCGCACACCUUUUCGGACGAGUGGGUGGCGUCGCAGACCAAGAGAAUGCUGGACAUGCGGAUGAACCCUGUGGAGGGCAUCUCUUCCCAGUGGGAUUUCGAGAAGAACGAGUGGAAGAAAUGAAGCAACUGAGCGGAACCUGCUUGGCUUGAACGUGAAAUGAUUCCAUCACCUGUGCGUGACCUCGUUGCUAAUGUACUGGAACAACCUCUCCACCUACAAAGAUGCUAAUAAAUGUCUGGUUAACUUGAAAA